UUGGUCCCAUUGUUUUUCAAUUUAACGGUGCAUGGUACUCGAAUUUUUUCAAAGGAAAAAACUUCCCAUCCUGUUGUCUGCCCUGCGACUUAAAAAGUGCUUUGAAUGGUUAGUAAUUCUCCAUACGAGGAGUUGGAAGAGUUUGAUAAGUUCCUGUAAUGGACCCAUUGAGAAAGUCUUUGAAAUCAUACUGUUCUAAUGCAAAACAGCUACAAAACCCUGAGGAACAACCUCUCCUGUUUCACUCCAACAACAGUCAAAUGGCACAGUCCUCUGAAAAGCAGAGAGAAGGAGAAAUCGUUGUUAACAUUGACAAAACCGAUGCUGCGGUCAAAGAAAAUGGGAACACUUCAAAGAUCACCGGUGAUAACUCAAGGGGUAAGCCUUCAGGUUCAUCGAAGAAACCCAAAGUUUCAUUUCAUGAAGUGUUAACUGAAGCUGUUCGGCAGAAGAGCAAGGACUCCUCAGGCCUAAAAGAAACACGCCAAUGGUCUUUUGGUUCGGAUGGAGGACAGGUUUCGAGGUGCAAUUCGAAUGACUAUAUUCGACAGAACUCAUGGAGGCAACUGGUGAGCAAGACCAAGUCCAGGUUGCUUGACCCGCUCGAGGACCCAUAUGGAAGGAGCGACAGAAUGAACUCUGGAGAAGAGUUCAAAGAAAAUAACCAUGAUGAGGAAGACAUGGAAGACAUUCCAGAUGAAUAUAAGCUGCUGAAAUUCAGUGCACUGACAAUACUUCAGUGGUUGAGUCUCGUUCUGAUUAUAGCAGCCUUAGUUUGUAGCGUGGCCAUCCCCGGUAUAAAGAGACAAACGCUUUGGGAUCUUCAGUUAUGGAAAUGGGAGAUCAUGGUUUUGGCAUUAAUCUGUGGACGGCUGGUUUCUGGUUGGGCAAUUCGAGUUGUUGUGAUCUUUAUCGAGCGCAAUUUUCUUUUGCGGAAACGAGUUCUCUAUUUUGUUUACGGAUUGAGAAGGGCUGUUCAGAAUUGCCUCUGGUUGGGCCUCGUUUUGCUUGUGUGGCAUUCGAUCUUUGAUGACAAGGUCCAGGAGGAGACCAACAGCGAGGUAUUACCCUAUGUAACAAAGAUUCUCGUAUGUUUCUUGGUGGCUACCUUGAUAUGGCUUGUGAAAACCCUCCUUGUUAAAGUCCUUGCUUCAUCAUUCCAUGUAAACACCUUCUUUGACAGAAUCCAGGAAGCUUUAUUCAAUCAAUAUGUCAUUGAGAUGCUCUCUGGUCCACCCUUGUUUGAAAUAAAUAACGCAGUAGGAGAGGAAAAGGAUGAUACCUCUGAGGUUGAGGAGUCACGGAGUGAUGGGAGUACUACGGCUGAUAACCUCAGGGCAACACUUCCUCCAAAACAACAAAAUACCACAAAGGUUGGCAACGGUCCCAGAAUUUCAAGGACAAUGUCUAAGAUGAAAGAUAAGGAUAUCCAACUUGACCACCUUCGUAAGCUGACUCAGAAGAAUAUAUCAGCUUGGAAUAUGAGGAGGAUGAUUAAUAUGGUUAGCCAUGGGCACUUGGCUACUCUAGAUGAGCAGAUACUGAAUUCCGACAUAGAUGAUGAAUCUUCAGUGCAGAUUAAAAGUGAAUGCCAAGCAAAAGAAGCAGCUAAGAAGAUUUUCCAGAAUGUGGCUCAGCCAGAAUCUCAAUGCAUUUACCUUGCAGAUAUCAUGCGCUUUAUGGGUCGAGAUGAAGCUUUGAAGGCAUUGCAUCUCUUCGGAGCAGGAAGUGAAGAAGAAGGAAUCAGCAAGGCAUCACUCAACAAUUGGCUGGUCAAUGCCUUCAGAGAUCGAAAAGCACUUGCACUGUCCCUGAAUGAUACAAAAACAGCUGUGGAUGAACUCCACAAUAUGUUGAACAUCCUUGUAGCCAUUGUCAUUGCGGUAAUUUGGCUCAUCAUAUUAGGAAUUCCUGUCACCCACUUCCUUGUUUUCAUAAGCUCACAGCUUCUCUUGGUGGUAUUUAUCUUCGGGAAUACCUGCAAGACAGUAUUUGAAGCAAUAAUUUUUUUAUUCAUAAUGCAUCCAUUUGAUGUGGGUGAUCGUUGUGAGGUGGAUGGAGUGCAGAUGAUAGUGGAAGAAAUGAAUAUAUUAACCACAGUGUUCUUACGGUUUGAUGGCCAAAAGAUCGUUUAUCCAAAUAGUUUAUUAUCUACCAAGCCUAUUGGCAACUUCUACCGCAGUCCUGACAUGAUAGAAACAAUUGAAUUUUGUAUCCAUGUCUCAACUCCAUCAGAGAAGAUUGCCAUCAUGAAAGAAAGAAUAAUUCGGUACAUUGAGAGCAGGGAGCACCACUGGCACAAGAAUCCUCUGGUGGUCGUGACUGACGUGGAAGACAUGAACAAACUGAAGUUUUCAGUGUCGUCUAAGCACAAAAUGAACUACCAGAACAUGGCGGAGAGAUGGGGUAGGAGAGGCCAUUUACUUGAAGAAACGAUUAAGAUACUGAAAGACCUUGACAUUGAAUACCGCCUGCUGCCUCUCGAUGUGAAUGUGCGGAACAUGCCGACUUUGGUUUCACAUAGGCUGCCUUCAAAUUGGAUUGCUUGUACUAGCUAAUUUACUGACUUAGAAACCGGCUCUUGAAUAAUGUCCUGAGGACAUGAUAACAUAAAAGUGCAAGCACUGGAAUGAACAGCAGUUGGCAAAAAGAACCUGAAGUCACCGUUAGGUCUCCAACGAUCUUAAAGGCACCAGAUAAGGGGGUAUCCAUGUGCAUAGGAACAUGGCAGAUCCCACAAUCAGGAAUCGAGAAAAAUGUAACCUGAGUAUUUCUCUUUGUGUACUAGAAUUUGCAUUAAUUAUAGUGUAUGUUUGUGAACAUUUCUUAUAUUUGUCCCUGAACUAAAUGAGAAGUUCCAUUGCUGAA